AUGACACCAAUGCAAAGAAUGAAACUUGUUCCAAGAGUCAAAAUCUUUGCAGGUAAAGCAGCUAUUGGAUAUGAUAUGGCUAAAGGAAUUAUUAAAUUGAUUAAUUCCGUUGCUGAUACUGUAAACAAUGACCCAGAAGUAGGAAAUUUAUUAAAGGUUGUUUUCAUUCCAAAUUACAGUGUUUCAUUAGCAGAAGUUAUUAUUCCAGCAAAUGAUAUUAAUGAACAAAUCUCAACUGCUGGAUAUGAGGCAUCUGGAACUUCCUGUAUGAAGUUUGUUAUGAAUGGAGGACUUAUUGUUGGUACAUGGGAUGGUGCUAAUGUUGAAAUUGCAGAAGAAGUUGGAGAAGAAAAUAUGUUUAUGUUUGGAGCUAAGGCAUAUGAAGUUGCAGGAAUUCGUGCUAAUCCAAUUCCAAUUAGUAAAGACCUUGCUGAGGUAUUAGCCGCUAUUGAUAACGGAAUGUUUGGUGAUGCUUCAAUUCACAAAUUUGUUAUUGACCAAUUCCGUGGAGGAAGUGAUUAUUAUUUGGUCUGUAGAGACUUUGAUGGAUAUGUCAAGAUCCAAGAACAUAUUGAUUCA